UGGUGGUGGCUUGAACGACGCGCGCGCACUGCAAAACAGCAAAACAAAUUGACAAAUGGGGAGAUACAAAGCACACAAAAAUUACAAUUCAAAAUAAAUGGAAAUAGUCGAAAUUCACUUCUAAGAGAGUGUUGACGGUUGCAUGUCCCCCAAAACAAAAUUUCAACAAAACUAACAAUUAAGCUCAAAAUAUAAUUUAAACGAACCCCAAGACAGACAGCAUCAUGUUAAAUCUAGCACGUACGACAACACAAACUGGUGUUAAGCCAAAAAUGGCUGUAACCCUGAUUAAAAGCGCACUCAGUCAAAAUAAUCUCAUGACAAAAUCACGCUGCAUUAGUUCCGUUGUACCCGAUACUAAUUUAAAAGAUUUCGAAACUUAUAAUGAACCAAUACUCGAAUAUAAAAAAGGUUCGGCUGAACGCAAAACUCUGGAGGAGGCACUCAAGCGUACCGCCGCAACAUGUGAAGAAAUUCCAAUUGUCAUUGGUGGCAAAGAGGUGCGCACCGACAAAGUUGUACAUCAGGUGAUGCCACAUAAUCAUCAACAUAAAUUGGCUAAAUUUUAUUAUGCCGAUAGCAAGACCAUACAGAGUGCUAUUAAGACAGCCGUUGAGACCCAGCCCAAAUGGGAUCGUACACCGCUAAGUGAACGUCUGAAGAUAUGGGAAAAGGCAGCUGAUUUGAUGGCCGGCAAGUAUAGGCAGGAAUUGAAUGCAGCCACAAUGUUGGGUCAGGCAAAGACUGUAAUACAAGCUGAAAUUGAUUCGGCAGCAGAACUAAUUGAUUUUAUCAGAUUGAAUGCUUUCUUCUUGAAAGAAUGCGCCAAAUAUCAACCGAUUAGUGAAAAUAUCAAAGUAACCAAAAAUUCCAUGCGUUAUCGUGGUAUUGAUGGUUUCAUUGCUGCUGUCAGUCCCUUUAAUUUUACUGCCAUUGGAGGCAAUUUGGCCUAUACCCCUGCUUUAAUGGGUAAUGCUGUUUUGUGGAAACCCUCUGAUACGGCAGUACUGUCCAACUGGCGUAUUUUCAAUAUUAUGCGUGAGGCCGGUGUUCCUGAUGGUGUUGUUAAUUUUGUACCCGCCGAUGGUCCUGUCUUCGGUGACACCAUUACAGCUUCACCACAUUUGGCUGGCAUCAAUUUUACUGGUUCAGUACCCACCUUCAAUCGCCUCUGGAAACAAGUGGGCAGCAAUAUUGAUAAAUAUGUUAAUUUCCCCCGUUUAAUUGGAGAAUGUGGUGGCAAAAAUUUCCAUUUUGUACAUCCAUCUGCCGAUGUUGAAACCGUAGUAGCUGGUACUAUACGUUCAGCAUUUGAAUUCUGCGGUCAAAAGUGUUCGGCUUGUUCGCGCAUGUAUGUUCCAGAAUCUUUGUGGCCCAAGAUCAAAGAUGGUUUAGUCGCUGAAGCAGCAAAACUUAAAAUUGGUGAUGUUCAAGAUUUCUCAUCAUUCACCUCGGCCGUCAUCGAUGACAAAGCAUUUAAACGUAUUACUUCCUACAUUGAACAUGCCAAAAAUAGUCCAAAUCUAACCAUAUUGGCCGGCGGUACUUAUUCCGAUGCCAAGGGUUAUUUCGUUAAUCCAACCAUAGUCCAAACAACCGAUCCCAAAGAUAAAAUAAUGACUGAAGAAAUAUUUGGACCUGUUUUAACUGUUUAUGUGUACAAAGAUGCCGAUUUGCAGAAAACUAUGGAUCUAGUGCCAACAUCAACUCAAUUUGCAUUGACUGGAGCUGUAUUCGCACAAGAUGAAUCAUUCUUAAAACAUGCUCUAGAGGAAUUCAAAAUGGCAGCUGGUAACUUCUAUAUUAAUGAUAAAUCAACCGGCUCAAUUGUAGGCCAGCAACCCUUCGGUGGUGGUCGUAUGUCGGGAACCAACGACAAAGCUGGUGGUCCUCAUUAUAUUUUGCGCUGGACUUCGCCGCAAGCUAUUAAGGAAACUUUUGUGCCGUUACGAGAUAUUGAAUAUCCAUACAUGAAACAAUAAACAAUACGAUGAUAAUGAAGAAGACUCUUGCCCAAGGCUAUUACUAACAACAACAACAAGAAUAUAAAGCGAAUAUAAAGCAAACUACAUACAAAUAUCUAUAAUCUCAAUACAAAAUCUCAUAUGCAACAACAAUAAUAAUCUUAAUAAGUGUGCAAGUGUGUGUAUGUUUGGGAAUGAAUGAAUGCAGAAUGCUUACCCAUAAAACAAUUUGAUAUAAAUGUAUCUCUCUCUCCCCAUAUAUGUCCCAAUUAACUCGAUUCACUCUCGAAUACCUAUCCAACAACACCCUCAAUAUAAGUUUUAAAAUUUAGUUAUUUUGAGAAAAACAUUUACAAACAAAAAAAGAAAGAAAUAGCAAGAAGUUUUUAAAAUAUCCUACAUGUUUGUAUUUAUAUAUGUUAAUAAUAUAUAGUAAUAUAUUUAAACAAAAACAUUAAAAUAUUCCAACAAUAAUUUUAAAUCGAAAGAAAUCAUUUUAAAGCUGUGUUUUUCUCAUUUAUAAAAAGUAAUAAUAAAAAAUCAAACAAACAAUUUAGCUAUAAUUUACGAAUUGCAUUGGAAUCUCGAGUAUAUUCUCUCUCCCUUUGAUAUGCUGAUUACAGAACUUUUCAUUUAAAACUAUAUAUUCCUUUACAUUUUUUCAUAUUAAGAAUAAUAACAAUAGAUACUACUUUUUGUAUAUUGUGUUUAUGUUUUGUUAUGUUUAUUUAAUUGUUAGUCUUUUUUUUUUUGUUUAUUUUUUUUAAUUAAUUAUCUAUAAAUACAACAACAUUUAUAUAAACCUAUAUAUGUACAUUGUAUACUAGAAAUAAAGAGGGAAAGGAACAUCUGUCGUCUUUAAAAAAAAAAAACUACGGCGUAACAAUUGCAAAAUAAAAAGGAAUAUGCAAAAGAAUAAAAAAAGUACUAAACACGAGACAUAGAUUUUUGACAAUACACUUGAUAUAAACAUACUACAUAUACUAUAUAUAGCAGCAUUGUUUAUUUUUAAAAAAUUGAAAUUGAAAAUAAAAAAGAAGAAAACAAAGCAAAAAAAAA